CUGAGGCUCGGCGCGCUCUAUCUACAAAUUCAAAUACCCCUUCUGCCAUUUCACCAAGAUUCCAAAACCCUCUCCUCUAUCUUCCUCCCAAGAUUACGAACCCUAAUUAAUUUCAAACUUGAAUUUCGAAAUUCUCAAGAUUUCACUGAAACCGUCGACUCUCUUUUCCCAGACAAAUCUUGGGUUUCUGGGAGAAGAGUCAAAGCCCUAAUCUUUAAGUCGAAUCAGUGUGUUUGAGAGAUUGAUGGAUGAAGGAUGUGAAGUUUGCUGACAAGUCUCCAAGGUUCUUCUAGGUCAUGGCUGGGAAGAAGAGAGGAAUUGCAGAAGUUGAAGAAAGAUCUCAACUUUCCCACAGGAAGUUGAAAAUGAGGGAUCUUGAAUCUGUGUUUCGCUCUGAAGAACAGCAUGGACCACUUGAUCUUAAUGCCACAUUUGGAGCUUCAUCAAGCAUCACUGUCAGCAGUUCUUCUGCUGCACAUAUAAUCCAAGAGACACAUCGCAAGCCCGAUCUAUUCGCCAUAGAUCUAAAUGCAGAAGACGUCUCUAGCACAAGUUCUGUUGGACAAUUAGAGGAGAAAGAUUCACUGAAGGUGUGGAAAGAAAUGAAACAAAAUGGGUUUCUCUCCAACUCUCAUGGAGGAAUACCAAAGGCGAGCGGGAGAAGGGGUAAAAAUGAAGGGAUGAAGAAAAAGAUGGAACUUGCGAAGAAAGAACGGGUGGAUAGGUUUGCAAAGAUUGCUGCCCCGACCGGUUUGUUAAACGGGUUGAACCCGGGGAUCAUUAACCAUGUGAGAAACAGUAAACAAGUUCAUUCCAUCAUUGAAGCCCUCGUGAGGUCUGAGAAAUAUGAUAAUCGUAAUGGUGGGGGCAAGAAUGGAAUUCUUCAACCAAAGAGCGAGGAGAUAAAGGAGGAAGAAAAAGUGCAUAUUUCUUUGAAUUCCGAAUCCACUGGAGGGAGUUUAUGUAUACCUGCGGGAAGGGUUUCUGAAAUGGCAAAUUUACACUCGGAGGAUUACAUGGAUUCGAAGGACAAUGUACUUGAAUUGAAAUUGUCAUCUGCCACAACUGUUACCUCGGAUAACAAUAGUUCGUUGUCAACUGUUGAGCCAGUAAACCCAACCAACGUUACUUCACUUUCUGUCAAAGCUGCCAAUGUUGCUGGUCAAUGGUUGGAUUUGCUUCAUCAAGACAUUAAAGGACGUCUUGCAGCGCUAAAACGUAGCAAGAAGAGAGUUCGGGCUGUUAUUCACACGGAAUUUCCUUGCCUAAUCUCCCGAGAAUUUUCUUCUAAUCUAGAAAAUGACCCUUUCCAUUCACAAAGUUCAAAUGUUGGCCAAUGUGACAAAGCUACCCUCAACGCACAUCAUGCUAGAUGGAGUUCCUUGUUUGGCCAGAUGGAUAAAGCUCUGUGUGAAGAAGAGAGACAUCUGGAAGAGUGGCUGAAACAGGUUCAGGAAAUGCAGCAGCAAUGCGAAAAUGGACUUAGCAAAUAUAACGUGCUGUUUGGGUUGCCUCAGCCUCCUGCAUUACAAAAUGACUGCAGAUUGGAGAAAGAAGCAGAGAGAGAUUUAGCAGUCCGGGCUGCGGCAGCCUCCAUAUAUUCGACGUGCUGCUUUUUAUCGUCUAUGGAGAAUCCGCCGUGCUGCUGAUCUGUCUUCUAACUCAGUCCCUCGUCUAAUUUUCGCGCAUUUUUCUUAGAUUGUUAUCUUGAUCCAUAAAGCAGCUUAGCUGCC